AUGAUGCAAAUUCACUCAAAUGACGUUUUAGCUAAUGCUAGAUCUGAGUCAUUGGAUAAUACAGUGCAUCAAGGUAACAUGAUGCAAAUUCACUCAAAUGACGUUUUAGCUAAUGCUAGAUCUGAGUCAUUGAGUGUUGACGAUGAGGAUAAAGAUGACGUUUUUGAUGUAAUUAUAAAGCUAAGAAAAAAACUACUUGCUUCAGAUAGUGAUAGAUUUAUACAACAUGCACGACGAGUAGCACAAUGGCCUUGGUAUUCGAAUGUUGUAACCGAUUUUUCUAUGGCCCUUAUUGAGGCUGUUUUGAAAGGAUUUAACACGAUGGAAAUUCCGACGUAUUUGCAAUAUGCAAUGAAAUGGGCAACCAGUGACGUCAUUCCUAUUAAAAUUGUACAACGCUCCUCAAUGAAUUUUGAAAACAGAUGGGUCUUGAGAUCCGCUCUGAACUUUGCAAGUGAUGGAGAAGUAGUCAGAGAAGUAGCCAGUGCAAGAGAACAAGAUAUGGAGAUAUAUGAGAAAAGAAAGGGCACGAGCAACUAG